AUGAUUCCAUCCUGCUGCGACGAUGAUGCCUGCCAAGGCUGGACAGCGUUGGAUUCGCAACUCGUGAGUGCCCAAUCACCACCGAGAGAUACUACAAACCACAGCUGGCCUCGUUCUGCUUCCUCUGCGUAA